CAUGAGUCGUUCGUUAUUUUUUGUCUGCCUUUGCCACUUGUUUACCACUAUUGUGAUGUCGCAAAGUCAGCAUAUGAUAUGCAAGAAUGUGGACGACGUGUUUGAUGAAAACGAUUCGAUUUCAAGUCGCGAAUCAACCCACUCCCGUAGUUUUCAGGGCCCGCCUGGUAAAAGAGGAUUAAAGGGAGAAAUGGGUGGACUAGGGAUGCCUGGGGUCAAAGGUCAACAAGGCGACUCAGGAAAUGUCGAUUAUCAAAAAGUCAAUGCCACCGUUGAACAGCUAUUUGAGAAAUUAGUGGAAAAGUCAGUGGCUUCAAGAAUUGAAGAGUUAGAAGAACGAAUGCUGGCCAAACAUGACGAAUUGAACAAGAAGAUUUGGUUAGGACCCGGUGACGGUGUAGUGCAUCUCGGGAAAUGUUACAUAGCUUCUUUACACACCGCAAGAGAUGUCAACUACGACGAAGCUGUUGCAAUGUGCACAAAAUUGUCGGCAAAACCAGCAGACAUAAUCGGUUCUCAACAUUAUGAUAUGGUGAUGUACAAUGAUGUCUUCAUCAUACGAAGAAGUCUGGUUGGCCAUGACAUUCGACCACUCGGUAUGUAA